UAAUUGGCACUUGAUAGCGAGUGUGGAUGUAAUUAUCCCAUUAUUCUGACAGAUAUGUCAAAAUUGUCAAGUGACAAGUCUAUGUUUAUUCAACGCUGUUUUAACGAAAGCAUCCGAUCACUUUUAAAACUAUAAUACAGCGUAUCAGUGGCGAUUUCAUUAUUCCCAGUGUUAGAUCGCUGUUUGCUGGCGAUGUCAGACUCACUGGAGAGCCCAGGUUGUGUGCGGGUGAAGGCCGAGCCUUUGUGGGACCUCUCGGCCUCUUGUGAGCCUGAGACUGCCGGGCCGAUUGAGCGUGUGGUGAAGAAAGAGCGAGAUAGUGAAGGUGACAAAUCUUCAUGGGGCCUGUACAACCAUAAGGUUAAGGAAGAACUUCAGAACGUACAGGCUGGACACGCUGACCAUGAUAUGGAGAGGAGUGGGAGUGAGGAGAGUAAUGAAGCAUUGUGGGGCCUGAACAAUGAUAAGGUUAAGGAAGAACUGAACGCACAUGGUGGGCUGAUUGACCAUGACAUAAAAGCAAAGGGCUGUGAGAGUGAGGAGGGUGAUAAACCGGACUUGUGGAGCCUCUACAAUGACCAUAAAGUUAAGGAAGAACUAGUACUGGGUCCCGAGGAGUUCCACCGGCCCAAAGUGACUUUAUUGUGUCGAGCGGGCGGGUUGUCAAACCAGACAUGCUUGGUGAGACUAGAGCAGAUGCAAGUGGACAUGGAGCGCCAUACAUGCAGCAUUGGUCGGAACACAUACAAGUUCCGUCACUGUUUCCUCAGUUAUGAAGAAUGCACAGAAGAGAGUUCUACUAGUAAUAAACUUGACGCUCGCGAGUAUGGAGUUAGCACAGCGCCUUUGUCCUUGCGCGCCAGGCAGCAGCUCGCUCUCGAGUUCUCCGUGAGACUCGAGCGCCUCCGCGAACCACCGCGCGCGAGCGAGCCGUGCCCCGUGACGGCACACCGCGAGCCGAGCAGUGUGGAGGACCUACCCGGUAAUGCCGCCGCCGAGGAACAAGCCGACACGCACGAUACUCGCCCUACACACUUCACACACACCUCUAGUUCAAUCACACAUGAACAAGACCAUAUCGCACCACAAACGUAUAAGACGACUUACUGUUGCGACAUGUGUAGUCAACAAUUUACGUCAAAACUUACUUUAAUCCGACAUACCAGAACACAUACACACCCGGAACAUACAUGCGGAGUUAGUAAGGAAACAUUUCAAAAUAGCUUAUUACUGAAUAAGCAUUUAAGAUUUCAUUCGGCAGAGAGACCGUACGUUUGUAGAGAAUGCAAUAAGCGAUUUGCAACAAAAACCAAUUUGCAUAAACAUAGAAGAACCCACACUGGAGUCAAACCAUACAAGUGUAAAGUAUGUAACAAGCAGUUCAAAGGAAGACAUGGUUUAAUGUACCACGAAAGAGUCCAUAGUGGCGUGAAACCAUUCAAAUGUAAACAAUGUAACAAAGAAUUCAUACGAAAAUAUGAUUUAGUUCUCCAUGAAAGAAUCCAUAGUGGAAUAAAACCAUACAAGUGUAAAGUAUGUAACAAAGAAUUCAUACAACAAUAUUGUUUAGUCAUGCAUGAAAGACUUCAUAGUGGAAUGAAACCAUACAAAUGUAAAGAAUGUAACAAAGAAUUCACACGAAAAUAUGAUUUAUUUACCCAUGAAAGAAUCCAUAGUGGAAUAAAACCAUACAAGUGUAAAGAAUGUAACAAAGAAUUCACACAACAAUAUUCUUUAGUCAUGCAUGAAAGACUUCAUAGUGGAAUGAAACCAUACAAAUGUAAAGAAUGUAACAAAGAAUUCACACGAAAAUAUGAUUUAGUUCUCCAUGAAAGAAUCCAUUGUGGAAUGGAACCAUACAAAUGUAAAGAAUGUAACAAGCAAUUUAUACAUAAAUCUAGUUUAGUUAAACAUGAAAGAAGCCACACAGCUAUUUAAUAUACUCGGGUAAAAUCUAACCACGGCUAUAUAAGACAACAUGGAUGGACCAGAAGUGAUGGCAAGUGGACCAAAAUGUUGACGGAUUGGUGGCCGAUUUCGGAUGAAAGAAGCGCCUGGUGGCCGUUGCCUCGAUAGGUGGACGACAUUCGAGAAAUCGCGGGACACUUCUGGAUGAGAUUAGCCCAGGACCGGGAUAUGUGGCGUACACGAAGAGGGGCCUGUGGUCAGCAGUGGGCGUCUGGAGGCUAAAAUGAUGAUGAUGACAGCUGAAGUGGACUGAUCUGUCGCCUGCAGUAUUCCAGGACCGAUACGACCUUCAAACCUUCAAGAAAAGAGACAUCGCCACCACCACAUCUUAAAGGGAGGCAACUUACAACCCCUUUGGUGUUGCAUGGAAGACGGUAACAUCGAAGGUUAAAUAAUCUGGAAUAUGCCAAAUUCAUAGCUU